AUGAAAGCCUACAAGCUCCUUUCUAAAGGCAAUGCCGCCGUCGUUGAUGCGCCCAAGCCAGCUCUUCGCCCUGAGUACAUCCUUGUCAAAGUCGCCUGCGUUGCUCUGAACCCCACAGACUGGAAGAACAUCCAAUAUACAGACUUCAACGAGGAGACGCCGCUGACGGUAGGCUGUGACUUCGCCGGUAUUGUCGAGGAAGUCGGCAAUUUGGUGACCCGGCCUUUCAAACCGGGUGAUCGAGUCUGGGGUUUUGCGCACAGCUGCCACACCGCGCAGCCCGAGGAUGGCGCGUUUGCGGAGCAUGUAGUGGCGAAGGGGGAUCUGGCCUUGAAGAUUCCGGACCACAUGGGGUUUGAAGAAGAGGCAUCGCUGGGUUUGCAGGUGUAUACGGUGGGGCAGGGGCUGUGUCAGAGCUUGCAGCUACCAUGGCCGACGGAGCCUGUGAAGCCCGAGGAUAGCACGGCGAUGGGGACGCUGGCGAUUCAGAUGGCAAAGCUAUCCGGCCUUGAAGUUAUAACCACCUGUUCGCCCCAUAACUUCGACUGCGUAAAGUCACUCGGCGCAGACAAGGUUUUUGACUAUAAGUCGCCCACCGUCGGCUCUGACAUUCGCCAGUUUACCAAUGAUAAACUGCGCUACGUGUGGGACACCAUCGCGGAGGGCCAAGCCCCUCAGAUCUGUGCCGAUGCCCUAUCCUCCUCCUCUGACUCCACUCUACACUACAGCGCCCUUACGUUGGUUGAGUUUCCGCGUGCGGACGUUAAGACUGACGUCACGCUUGGUUACACUAUCUUCAACGAGGCGUUUGACGUGUUUGGCAGCUUUAGGGUGGAGGCGAUGCCGGCCAAUUUUGAGUUUGCGAAGAAAUGGGGCCCCGUAGCGGCGAAGCUUUUUGAGGAGAAAAGGGUUGUCCCGCAUCCGCUCGAAGUGCGAAAUGGGCUAGAAAAUAUUGGCGAGGGUUUGAAGGAUUUGGAGAAGGGAAGGGUCAGUGCAAAGAAAUUCGUGUAUCGAGUUGGUAAUUGGUAGAUUGCGCUAUUUGAGUGGUUUGACGAUGAGUUCUUGAAGAAGAUUUCGCCCGUAUACAUAUAAA